AUGUCGCCUGUCUUAAUUUCGAAUUCGAAUAAGAUUUGCCCAUCGAUGCCAGCCAUUGCAUUAAAUAAUACUCAGAUUCGUACUUUGAUUAACAUCUAUCCACCUCCACCAUCCGUUCCUCUUCCGCAAAAUUUUCAUCCACUCGAUUUACGUAAACAUUCGCCAUCAAAUAUCGCAGCGCAAACAUUUUAUCACUUAUAUUUUCCUCAUUUAUUGGCUCUUCAAAAUCAAUCAGCAACAGCACAUCAUCAAAUCACUGAUCGAGGGAUCAAACGAUCGACAAGUUCUCAUGAAUCACCACAAAAACGUCAGACAAUUCUUCCAUCCAAACGCUUCGAUUUCGCUAAAUUAGCCGAUGAAGCUGUUCGAGACAAAGAAGAAAAUUCAAAUUCUUCAACAUCAUUGAAUACUAGCAGUCAUAAAAAUGAUUUGUCAGUCUCAUCAACUCCAUCACCAGCUGCUAUCACAAGUGGUGUUUCUUUACUUGCCUCGAAUUCGACAUCAAAUUCAUCAACUCGCUCUGCAUUUCAUCCAGUAUUAGUUCCUAAUCGAAAUACAUUAAAUAAAUUAAACCGACGAUCGUUUCCAACCGAUAGUUCAAUCAAACAUCAUGGUAUGAAACGGAAAAAACGAGCCAAAGAACAUAUAUGUCAGUACUGCAAUCGUCAUUUUACCAAAUCUUACAAUUUACUCAUUCACGUACGAACUCACACAGAUGAACGACCAUAUACAUGUGAUUUAUGUUUUAAAUCCUUUCGACGACAAGAUCAUUUACGUGAUCAUAAAUAUACACAUUCAAAAGAAAAACCAUUCAAAUGUUUGGAUUGUGGCAAAGGCUUUUGUCAAUCUCGAACACUCGCAACCCAUAAAGCGACUCAUCAACAACCGACUAGCCAUCAUAAUCGAUGA